AUGGCAGAAUCUCUCGUCUUUGCACACGGUUCAACGGAACCCCUGAAAGAGAUCCGUCUUCACUCGAUUCCCACGCCUACGGACUGCGGCCCAAGCCAGGUGAUCGUGGAGUUGCUGGCGGCCCCCAUCAAUCCUUUGGACUUUCUUGUGCUGCACGGCAAGUACCCCGUGAAGCCACAAAACAAUGUUGCCCUCGCCAACGGCGAGCAACGGCCUAUUCCCGGUUCAGAUGGCGCGGCCCGUGUCGUCCAGACAGGGUCUGCAGUGAGCCAGGUGCGCAUCGGGGAUACGGUCAUCAUUCGGACCCACUGCCAAGGGUCCUGGCGAACGCACGCCGUGCUAGACGAGAACGACGUGCUGCGCAUUCCCUCAAUGGUGGAUCCCCGACUCGCCUGCAUCCUACGCAUGGGCGUCGCACCUGCCUACUUCUUGCUGCGGGAUUAUGCCACCAUCGAGCCCGGUGACUGGAUCAUUCAGAACGCGGCUACAGGCACGGUGACCCAUUUCGUGAGUCAACUAGCGCAACUGCAGGGGGCCAACAUCAUCAGCGUGAUUCGCGGUCGCGGCACAGAGGAUGAGCUCGAGCGCACGAAACGGUCGCUGCGGUCGCAUGGCGCAUCUAUUGUCUUGACCGUUGAUGAGCUUAGAGCCACCGGCCCGGAGCUGCUUGCCGGCAAGCGGAUUAAUCUCGCCAUCGACUUUGUGUCCGACGAUGCACUGGCGCGGUCGAUGGUAUCUGUUCUGGCCCCUGGGGCUACGCUAGUCACUGCUGGCUUCCUGGGAGUAGCGCCGUCGGGCACAGAUGGCAGCCUGCGACAGUUCUUGUGGCAGCGCAAUAUCACUCUCAAGGCAUUUCGGUUGAGCGAUUGCCUGGGCCGACGAUCGUCAUCCCAACAGACGGCGCUCAUGGAAUGGUUUUCGCGAUUGUUCAAGGACGGAACGCUGAAGGCUCCGGCCCUGGAGUAUGUUCGGUGGAAGCGCGGAGACGAGGGUCUGGAACGUAAGUUGCAGGAGGUGCUCGAGCGUCAUGAGAGGGGGAAUGUAGGCGAACAGAAGAAAAUCUUCGUAUUCGAGCAGUAG